GUCCCGUUUCCAAGCCUUGCGGAUACCCGAAUUCUCAGUGCCGCUGAAUCUAAGAUGAGACCAAUCCAUUACGCCAUCGACCUAAAAAAAGAGUUGCCUCAAAAUACCUCGACGGGCACAAUUCGAGUUCGCAAGAUCCUACAGCAGAUAUGUUUCAAGGAAAAUACUACACCGUGACAGGGGCGGCUUCGGGCAUCGGUAAAGCUACGGCUCUUCGUCUAGUUGAGAAGGGUGCUGCAGGUGUAGCUCUUAGCGAUGUCAACCUCACUGGGCUUCACGAAACAGUGGAGGAGUGCAAGAAAGUUGGAUCAGCAAAAAUAAUAGCAACUAAAGUCGACGUCCGCGACUCCGAGCAAGUAGGCGCUUGGAUCGCCGACGCCUUCAACCAGUUCAAGCAACUCGAUGGCGCCGCGAACGUGGCCGGUGUAGCGGGUGGAACGGGGGAUACUGUCAUCGAAACAAUCGUGCAAAAAGAUUGGGACUUCACCCUUGGCGUGAACCUCAACGGCGUCAUGCACUGCAUGCGUGCGCAACUCCCUUAUAUCAGCCGUCCUGGUGGCGCUAUCGUCAACGUUGCGAGUACGUCCGGCCGGCGAGGGCUCCCGCAUAACGCGGCGUACGCGAGUAGCAAGUUUGCCGUCAUUGGAUUGACGGAGAGUGCGGCGGGCGAGUAUGCUAAGCAUGGGAUAAGGAUUAAUGCUUUGUUGCCAGGGCCGAUUGACACUAGGAUCUUUCGAGAUGGUGAGGCGUUGGGCUUGUUCGACGCGGAUUCGAUAUCUGCGGAUACCUUGAUGGGGAGAAUGGGAAAGGCGGAGGAAGUGGCCAAGGUGCUGUGCUUUUUGCUCAGCGAUGAUGCGUCGUAUGUUACUGGAGCGCAUUGGAAUGUAGAUGGUGGUUAUCUAGCUUGUUGAAGUUCCAACUCUAUUGAUUUUGUACUCCCUUCCGAUUCCUAAAAUGCGUUGAAGCAAGGAUAACGAUGAAGCUUUUCAGAUGUAUGAGGAUCGUGUGCCAUGCCUAUUAGAAAUUAGACUUUGAUUCCUAGGCUGUGUCUCCUCUUUGGAGGCUGUCGCCUAAUAGAAUUAACCCCCU